AUGGCAAUGACGGUGUGGCAACUUCCAAGGGAUUUGGUGGAGGAGGAGAUACUAUGUCGCAUUCCGGCGACAUAUCUAAAAGGGUUACGAUCUACUUGCAAACGUUGGAACAAUUUAUUCAAGGAUAAGAGAUUCGUAAGAAAUCACUUUGAUAAAGCCGCAAAGCAGUUUCUUCUUCUCAUGCUGACGAAGGAGUUCAAGAUUUUCGCAUUGAGGAUCAAUCUCCAUGGCACUAUAUCUUCAGAUUUUAAAGGUGACAUGAGCCUUCUCGGUUCACCUUCUUGUCACAACUCAGCUCAACUGGAUAUAUCUCAAGUCUUUCACUACGAUGGCUUGUUGUUAUGUAUCAUGAGAGAAGACACCAGAAUCGUGGUUUGGAACCCUUGUACUGGUCAAACCAAGUGGAUCAACCAACCCAUAAAACCUCACAAGCUAUGCGACACAUAUAAUCUUGGAUCCUACCGAGAGUGUAACUCCCCCAAUGAUAGCUACAAAAUAUUGAGACACGGGUUAUAUGGGGGCACCGACAAAUUCGAAAUCUGUGAGAUGAACUCUAAUGCAUGGAGGAUUCUUGAUGCCAAUCCGGACUUUCAAUUAUUUUUUACGAAUUCCAGUGUGUCUUUGAAUGGAAAGACCUAUUGGUUUGCUUUGGAUGAAAAAGAGCGUCACCUUGGCAUGUUCUUGGCCAGCUUUGAUUAUACAACAGAGAGAUUUGGAUGUCUGCGUCUUCCCCAUCAGUGUUUUCCUGUAGAUUGUGGUGAAACUGAGGCUCUUUCCGUUGUCAGAGAAGAGAAGCUGUCGGUGUUAUUACGACGCAGAGAGACAUCAAAGACAGAGAUAUGGGUAACAAAUGAGAUUGAUGAGACCAGAGCGGUGUCGUCCUGGAGCAAGGUAUUAGUAGCUGAUUACCCUCUGGUUGAUAUUAGCAUUGAAUUAAGUUUCGUGGUCGAUGAGGGGAAGAAAGUCGCCGUGUGUUUCGAGAGAUGGAUGGAAUUUGAAGACGUGACCAAGUCGUACGACUUGGUAAACAUCGUUGGAGAGGAUAAUAAAGUCACACAAGUGUAUUAUGGAGCAUCUACAAUGAGUUCAUGUCAGUGGCCACGUUUGUGUAGUUAUGUUCCAAGUUUGGUUCAAAUCCCUUGA